GCACAGCGGGAUGGAUUUCUGAAGUUAUUGUAGGAGUGUUGACUACUCCUAUUAAUGAUGAACCAAUAACAAACGAAGUUGAAAAUAAGAAACGCGCAGCAAAAAUAAAGAAACGCGCAGCCGCUCUGGCACAUUUGAAGGCCAGAAAUGGUGGGAAAAUUCCAGAAGAAUAUUAUGGUCGAUUUGUGGCCAACGGCCGUCCAGAAGGCUAUGAGAAAGGUGAAUAUGAGAAUAGUUAUAAGGGAUAUUCUAGUGCUGGAAAUUCGGAUCCCUUCAAUUUAGAGCAAAAUGCAAUUUUCUUGUAA